AUGGCGCAUCCUUCAGAACGACCAAAGGUCCAACUGAGCAAAGACUCUCCUGUAGAGGGAAGUGUGACCCUGACCUGCUCUGUGGGGUCAUCAUCAUCAUCUGGAUGGAAGUUCUUCUGGUACAGAGACGAGAAAACCUCUGAACCUCUGAACCUCCAGAGUGGAAGCAUCUCUCCCUCUGGUGGAGGAGUCUACUGGUGCAGAGGAGGAAGAGGAGACCCAGUUUACUACACAGAGUACAGCCAUCCAGUCGGAUUAAGACUCACACAAAAACUCUUCACAAACAGAGCUGUUGUGAAGCCCAACUGGCCUGAGAUUUUCUCUGGAGAGACGAUCACUCUCACAUGUGGAAUAAAGGAAGGAGCAGGCUUUGAGUGGGAGUAUGAAUGGAGAACACCCGACUAUUACACACCUCAGUACAGAAGAGGCUCCAUGAUGACAUCAUCAGUCAGAGGAGACUACAGUUGUAAGGGCAGACUGAAAGAUGAAGCCUCUACAACAGAAUGGAGUGAUGCUUUCACAUUAGUUAAAACAUCAGCAGCAAAACCAAAGGCCCAACUGAGCAAAGACUCUCCUGUAGAGGGAAGUGUGACCCUGACCUGCUCUGUGGAUUCAUCAUCAUCAUCAUCUGGAUGGAAGUUCUUCUGGUACAAAGACAAGAAAACCUCUGAACAUCUGAACCUCCAGAGUGGAAGCAUCUCUCCCUCUGGUGGAGGAGUCUACUGGUGCAGAGGAGGAAGAGGAGACCCAGUUUACUACACAGAGUACAGCCAUCCAGUCGUCACAAACAGAGCUGUUGUGAAGCCCAACUGGCCUGAGAUUUUCUCUGGAGAGACGAUCACUCUCACAUGUGGAAUAAAGGAAGGAGGAGGCUUUGAGUGGGAGCAUGAAUGGAAAACACCUGACUAUUACACACCUCAAAACCCAAGAGGCUCCACGAUUACAUCAUCAGUCAGAGGAGACUACGAGUGUAAGGGCAGACUGAAAAAUGAAGCCUCUACAACAGAAUGGAGUGAUGCUUUCACAUUAACAACAUCAGAUGUCCCUCAGCCUGUCCUCACAGUGUCUCCAUCAUGGACGAGUCCUGGAGACUCAGUGACUCUGACCUGCAGUGUUGGACCUCCGUCUGCAGGAUGGAGGUUCUUCUGGGUUAAGGCUGUUCACAAACUGUCCCUCUACAACUACACCUAUGAGCUUCUAGCUGGUAGCACCACUGGGACUGAACAGGGUUCCUACGUUCUUCAUGGACAGACACACACAGCAGGAUAUGUGUGCAGAGCUGGAAGAGGAGAUCCUGUCAUUUACACUCUAUAUAGUGAUGUGAAGUUUGUCUGGUCUGGAGGUGUGAAUCCAGCAGCGUCUCUCACAGUGAGUCCUCACAGACUGCAGCACUUCAGCACAGAGUCACUGUCACUGAGCUGUGAGGGAACCUCUACUGAGUGGAGAGUGAUGAAGGCUGAUGGAUCUGGCUUCAUGUCAUCCUGUUCUUACUGGGGAGAAAUGACUGGAUCCACAUGCAACACCAACACUAGAGCGAGUAGUGGAGUGUACUGGUGUGAGUCUGAAACACAGUACAGCAAUGCAGCCAAUAUCACUAUACACAGUGGUGAUGUCAUCCUGGUGAGUUCUGUCCGUCCUGUGACUGAGGGACAUUCGGUCUCUCUUGGCUGCGAGUUGAGGACAAAAGAGCUUCUUGAUGAUGUGGAUUUCUAUAAAGAUGACAAACUCCUCCCAAAUGCUGUCAGAGGGGAGCUGUUUAUCUCUGCAGUUACUAAGUCACAUAAAGGCUUUUAUAAAUGUAGAGGAAGGAAAUCACCUCAAGGUUUGGAGACUUUGACCUCAGCAGAGAGCUGGUUGUCAGUGGAAUGUGAGUACGAGUAG